AUGGGAUCCAUUCACCCUGCAAAAUCGUACGAUGUCGUCGUCGUGGGUGCCGGCUUCAGCGGAAUGUGGCACCUCUACCAUCUGAGGAGGGCAGGAUUUUCAGUCCGCGUAUUUGAAACAGGCUCGGACUACGGUGGAACCUGGUAUUGGAACUGCUAUCCAGGCGCGCGAGUGGAUACCGAAAUUCCUGUUUAUCAGUUCACCGAGAAGGCAACAAUGGAUGAUUGGAACUGGACGCAACGACACUCUGGACGGGAUGAGAUCCAGCGGUAUUUCCACCAUAUCAGUCGAGUAUGGGAUCUGGAUGGCGAUGUAUCCUUCAAUUCGUACGUCACAUCAAUGGUCUGGGACCCCUCAGACAAGUCAUGGCUCGUUGAGAUUGGCGAUUCUGGAGAAAUAUACCGUGCACAACAUAUUAUCAUGGGUACGGGAUUUGCGGCCAAAGCAUAUAUCCCCUCUUAUUAA